CUGGCAGGGAGGGCACUGAUAUAGGAGAGACUGGGAGAGAGGAGGAGGGAGGGGGGACACUCAUACAGGUCCCAGGCACAUACCGGCUCCCUGCUCAGCCCGGGUCAGCACCGGUACCAGAACAGCAGCACCGGGGGCAGAAGCAAGAGCAGAACCGGCAACAGAGAUCCGAACUUGGAUCAGCACCAGCGGCAACUAAAUCAGAACCGCGAACAGCACUAAGUCAGAAUCAGCCCCACAGCGAGUCAGAACCAGGAUCAGCACCAGGGACAGGAGCGCUAUCAGCCCGGACCCAGCACCUGGGGGGGAAAGUUCUAGCAGAACCAGGAUCGGAACCUACAGGGGAGGCGGGAUCAGAACCAGGAUCGGAACCAGCGAGAGACUGACUCUACCGGCGGCGAUGAGGCGGCCGAGCCCCGGCACUUUGCUCCUACUCGCCCUGCUGUGCCGGCCCGCCUGCGCCUUCAACCUGGAUACCCGCUUCCCUGUGCUGAAAGAAGCCGGAGUCCCUGGGGGGUUGUUCGGCUUCUCUGUGUCCCUGCACCGGCAGAGUGAGGGCGAACAGCGGUACCUGCUUCUCUCAGGAGCUCCUCAGGAUGCAGCAGCGCCGAGUGUGAAAGCAAACAGGACUGGUGCACUCUACGCCUGUCCCAUUACCAGCUCUACCAAUGACUGCUUUAGGGUGCCCAUUGAUCCGGAAAGCGACCCUCAGAACAACAUUAUCGAGAAUAUGUGGCUGGGUGUAACGGUGGCGUCACAAGGGCCUGAUGGAAGAGUGCUGGUUUGCGGCCAUAGAUACACGUCAGUGCGUUGGUCAGGAGAGGAGGACCAGCGGCGGAUGAUAGGAAAAUGCUAUAUUAGAGGAAACAAUUUGGAGCUGAAUGAAGAUGACGAUUGGCAGACCUAUCACAAUGAGCUGUGUGACCCUAAUUCUGAUUUUGACGCCACGGGCAUGUGCCAGAUGGGCAUCAGUGGGGGAUUUACCAGUAAUAUGGUCUAUUUUGGAGCACCUGGGGCAUAUACAUGGCAAGGUUCAAACUUCAUCCUACAGAGAGAUACAGCCUGGGACCUAAAGGAAAUCUAUUAUCCUACCAAUAAUACAUUUAACAUCUAUAUGGGGUAUACAGUCCAGGUUAACUCCAGAGUUCUGCAUAAGGACCAAGUGACAGUGGUGUCUAGUGCUCCCAGAUGGGAAAGCAAAGGCGCUGUGUUCCUGCUGGAUGUGCAAAAGAACAUUAUGGUAGUAAAGCAUGUGCUGAAUGGUCAGCAGGUGGGCUCCUACUUUGGCAGCGCCAUUGCAUUGGCUGAUCUUAAUAAUGACGGGUGGCAGGACAUAGUUGUUGGAGCUCCCUACUAUUUUGAUCGAAAAGAGGAGAUAGGGGGUGCAGUAUAUGUGUAUAACAACGUGGCAGGGUUUUUCAAUGAUAAGGCAGCAAUGGUGCUGCACGGGAGCAGCUUCUCUGGGUUCGGCUUUGCCCUGGCAAACAUUGGAGACAUUAAUCAGGAUGGAUUUACCGACCUGGCAGUGGGAGCCCCGUUUGACGGACUGGGUAAAGUGUACAUCUAUAACAGCAAUGCCGACGGCCCAAAGCAAGAACCUUCACAGGUGAUUGAUGGCUCUCAAGUAGCAAAUAUCUCCACUUUUGGAUACUCACUCAGCGGAGGGCUUGACGUGGAUGAUAACGCCUACCCAGAUUUGCUCGUGGGAAGUCUGACUGACCGUAUCGCCCUUCUGAGGUCUCGCCCGGUUAUUAAUAUCUCAAAGGAUUUUAAGGUGACUCCUACACUGGUGGAUCCAAGCAAAUGUUCGAAUACUUCCUGCAUUGAUGUCCUUGUCUGCUUCUCCUAUACGCUAAGUACUGGGAACGCUGCCUACCGAAAGAAUAUCACUUUGCAGUACACUUUAGAGGCCGACCAUGACAGACGCCCACCUAGGGUGAAAUUCCAGGGUGCUUCUGGGGCUGUGUACCAGGGACUCUUCUCUAUGCCAGAUACCAAGUGUCAGAAUGUUCAGCUGCUCCUAUUAGAUAAUAUUCGGGACAAGCUUCACCCAAUCAGCAUCUCUUUGAAGUACUCAAUUCUGGAGAGGGAGGCGAGAGGACGAUCGGCAGUCCGCUCACUGGAUAAUUUCCCUGUGCUCAGUGAAGACCAGAGCAACUUCCAAGAGCUGGAGAUCCACUUUCAGAAGGAGUGCGGCUCAGAUAAUGUGUGCAGAAGUAACCUGCAAAUGCAGUACGAGUACGUGGUUGGAAAUGCGCCACUGUCCAAGGUAAAUGGCUCACAGAUUCUGCACUAUGACUCAAGUGUGAAUAAGGUGAAUCUGAACGUUAUCGUUACAAACUUUCCCAGCGCCACAUCACCAGCGGAUGAUGCCCAUGAGGCAGUUCUGAACAUAACCAUUCCACCUGAGCUUUUCUUUUCCUCUGUUCGACCACCUCUGGCCUGCACCUUGAAGGAGACCAUCAUCUGUGAGCUUGGCUUCCCAUUCAAAAGGAAUCAGAAGGCUGAAAUAACCAUCGUUUUCGAAGUUGUUGGCAUCUCAUUGAAAACACGAGAAGUGGUGGCCGGACUUCAGCUAUCCACGUUAAGCAAACAAGAUGAUCUGCAUGAAGAGUAUGCUAAACUCUUAGUGGAUUACACCCUAAAGAUAUCAUUCUCUGUCCAGCCAAGCCACAUUCAGACCUACUUCAGUGGCAAUGUGAUGGGGGAGUCUGCCAUGAAGACAGUUCAGGAUGUUGGAAGCCCCGUGGAGUUCAGUUUUACAGUUAUCAAUUAUGGGGAACCGCUGACAUCCUUGGCAACACUGUUUAUCGCUUUUAAUUGGCCCCAUGAAGUAGCCAACGGGAAGUGGCUGUUAUACCCUACUGAGGUCCUGGUUAAUACAGGAACGGAAAAGGCCUGCCAUCCGUCUGGGGACGUUAUCAACCCCUUAAACCUGAAUGUUUCAGAAACUUUGGUUAAAAGAAGGAGAAGACAAAUUGAUGAGACACCAGAUGUUCGGACGUUGGCGGCUGUCAGAAGAGAAAGCUCUGAAGCUGUACUGAAAUGUUCCGGAGGAGGAGCAACGUGUGUGCAUUUUUCCUGUCCACUGAAUGACAUGCAGUCAAGAGCAACCAUCAGUAUGCGGGGAAGAGUUUGGAACAGCACCUUUCUAGAGGAUUACAGAAAUGUAGAUCGAGUGUGGGUGAUGGGAGGAGCUGAGCUGUACCUGAAAACUGAUGUACCCACCAUUAACAUGAAGAGCCAGUUUGUGACGUUCUCUGUUUCCAUAGACUCAGAACUUGAGGAGCCCCCACCAGCUGAGCUGCCACUCUGGUUGAUCAUUGUCUCGGUAGUUUCUGGAAUUGUGCUCCUUGGUAUAAUUAUCUUGCUUCUAUGGAAGUGUGGAUUCUUCCGGAGGGCCAACACCCGCGCCAUGUAUGAGGUCAGAGGUCAAAAAGCUGAAAUGAAGGUGCAGCCAUCGGAGACAGAACGCUUAACCCAGGACAACUGAGUUCAACCUCUGACCCCUGACCCUCCCCCUCGGAUUGGAUUUUUCCACCGUGUUGGAUAUUAUAACUUAGUUAAGACUCACUACGCUGUGUGUGUCCCACUGGAAGAGAGGCAGGGACUCUGCUCUGGGAUUCCAUACAGCCAGAAGCAUUGGGUCACCAGCUGGAAAGAGACAGCUAGAUACUACUGAGACCUCUGUGGCCUGAAGCUGUGUAGUGCCACCUCACUGUGACACUGGACAAUGGGGCUAGGGUAAACGAAUGGGACAUAUUUUUUUUGUACUACGGCAAUCAAACUUGAUUGGCCGCGAUUUUCUUGAGACACUAUAACAGAAGGAAAUAGUUUUUCCAGAAAUAUACUUUAUGAGGGGUAUUUACACUGGUACUGAUUCUCCCCUGCUACUGAAGAUGAGAAAAGCUGAUUCUCUUUCAAGGGUACAGAUUUUCCUUUGACACUGGAACUGGAAGCAAAAAACUGGAAGUUGGUGGUACAGAAUAUCCAAUGACACUGGAGUAUAUUAUAAUAUAGAAGAAAAUUCAUCAUGUGACACUGGAAAGGGGGCUUGGGGGGCUAAUAUGAUUUUAUACACUGGAAUGGUUGGAGUUGCGAUGAUCACGUGACACUACUGUGGGAUUUCAGAUUAUCCUUAUUCUGGAAUAGAGGUUGACAGAUUUAGAGGCAAUGAAAUGCGCUCUCCGAUGAUCUCAUUAUGAAAGAAGGUGCUGAAUAUCGUGGCACCGCUACAGAGCUUGUCGCUUAGGUUAUGUACAUUUCUCCAUCAUUUCUCAACCCUAAAGUGGGGGCUAAAGGUUGAGACAGUUUUGCCAUUGACUGUCAGAUCUCUAAAAAUAUUAUUCUGUGACAUUUACAGAUACUGGAAGAAAAUAAAUGAUUACUGGACACUAUACAAGAAUGUAUUUUCCUGAUACACUGGACAGACUGUGAGUCUUUGGUGGGGUCUAUAUAGCAGGCCUGAUAAAGGAACAUUUAUAUAUGGCAACUUUGUAGAUAAAGUGCUCGCUGCAUCUCUGUGUAGUAUUAAGCUGGCCAUACCCGUAACGAUUUUUCUAUACUUAACGGACAAUUUCUUUGCAAUUCGACAAAAUCUGCAAAUCAUCCUAAGGAUGGUGUGCACCGAACGAUCGGUCAGAAAAUGGAUUAGGCAGGUUUUAAAAUGUUCGUCUGUAAACGAUGAAAUGUGUCCGUUGAUGGGAUGUACAGAUUUGGAUCACUUAAAAUGGAAACUGCACAUGUACCGAUCAUUCAUUCUUUGGUAUGAACGUUCAUUUCAAUAUUACAGCAGUAAAAAUCAAAAAGAUAUCAAGUAUUUUUAAACUUAUUUUAUUUUUUUUCCGUUGUACAACAACAACCAAAAACUGAAAAAAAGGAAACUGUACAAUGCAGCAUACAUUGUCCAUAGGACAUUACAAAAUUGUUUGCAAGUGGAUACGAAAGGACGAGUAUGCAGUGUAUACGAAUAGGUCACAUUCUCUUCUACUUUGGCCUUUAACCAGACGAUAUCACUUGAAAUGGCUGUUCUCAUUGAUAGACAAAUUGUACUUGUAAAUGAUUAAAGCUUGGUUGUACAAUAACAAAAAAAAAGCUUUUACAAAUCUACAUGUGUAUGGCCACCUUUACACUGCUCUGGCAGAUAGUAUGCACUCCAUAUCAGAAUUUUAUAGUUUCCAAUUCAAAGGGCUUUCCCAAUAGGUACAUAUAAGCUGUGCUUAGAAAGAAAUUUAUGUUGAGCGGCACUGGCUUUCAAGAUCCUUUGCUUCUCUGUAUACUGCGGCUGGCUCCAUGCAGAAAAUGAUCAAUAUACAAGAAUAUCUUUGGUACUGUCAUUCUGGCCUUGUUCCUUUUGCACCAGAGCUGUUGUAAAUAGAGUACAACUAUGAAAUAAAAUCUUUUGCUCUAA